AUGGUAUUCUUCGAUACUACAAAGAGGAAGUGUUUGAACAAAUUUCACCGGCAAUUUUUUACCCUUCAACCAACUACUUUAAACCAAAGAUUAAAGAUUGCCCUUCAAGAGGGCCAACUUAACGAUGCUCGAAAACUCUUUGAUGACAAUCCCACAUCGAGAAAUGUUGUCUCAUGGAAUAUGAUUAUUGCUGGUUAUAUAAAAAGCAAUCACAAUCAUAUUGCCCGCCAAAUGUUCGAUGAAAUGCCUGAAAGAGACAUUGUUUCUUGGAAUACCUGGUUGUCUGCUCUGCAAAAAACCCAAGACCAUGAACAUACUUUCCAGUCUUAUCUCCAGCUACAAAGAUCUGGUUUGCAACCAACUUCACACACCUUUUCAAUAAUAAUCACUUCUAUUUUGGGUACUUGUUUCAAAGUUUUGAUCCCUCAGCUUCAUAGCCAGAUUGUUUCUUUGGGUUAUUACUCUAGUAUCUAUGUGGGAUCAUCAUUGAUGAGAGGAUAUACAGAUUUAAAGAAUCAUUCUUCUUUAGUAUGUGUGUUUGAUGAUAUGUUAUACAAAGAUAUUAGUAUAUGGAACGCGUUAAUUUUGGGUUAUAUGGAAUUGGGUUUUAUAGAUGAAGCUCAACGAGCUUUCGACAGGAUGCCAGAGAAGGAUGUGGUUUCUUGGACUACUUUGAUUGAUGGGUAUUUGAAGAAUAAAGAGGUUAAAAGAGCUAGAUGUAUUUUUGAUGAGAUGGAUGGAAAGAAUGUUGUUUCAUGGACUGCAAUGAUUUCAGGGUAUGUGGGAACAAACAAGUGUUUAGAUGCUAUAGAGUUGUUUAUCCUCAUGGUGAGAUCAAGUGUUCCACCAAAUCAGCAUACAUUCGCAAGCGUUUUGGCUGCCUGUGCUAAGCAUUUUGAACUUCUUACAGGACAGCAAGUUCAUGCAACCAUAGUUAAGCAUGCUAUUACUCUUGAUGUUGUCUUGGCAACUGCAUUUGUGAAUAUGUAUGCCAAAUGUGGAGAUAUUGAAGCAGCUUAUAGUAUAUUUGAGAAAAUGUCGGACAAAAAUUUGGUGUCUUGGAACUCGAUAUUAGGUUGUCAUGCAAGGCAUGGGCGAGCAAGAAGAGCUUUGAAUGAGUUUGAAAGAAUGAUCAGUUGUGGAAUAAAGCCGGAUCACAUAACAUUUACCAACGUUUUAUCAGCUUGCGCACAUGGUGGACUAGUUGAAGAAGGGGAAAGGAUCUUUUGUUCCAUGGAGAAUUGUUAUGGUAUAAAGUCGGAUAAGGAGCACUAUGCUUGUAUGGUAGAUCUAUAUGGAAGAGCUGGACGUCUUGAUAAGGCAAAAGGCUUGAUUGAACGUAUGCCGUUCGAGCCAGAUAUUGUUGUGUGGGGUGCUUUGCUCGCAGCUUGUGGCUUGCAUUCAGAUUUUGAAUUUGGCAGCGACGCUGCAGAUGCAAUGCAAAACUUGGAAAAGAAUCACCCUGCAGCAUACAUGGUUCUUUCGAAAAUUCUGUGUGAUAGAGGUCUCUGGGGCUCUUCGACAGAUAUAAAACAGGCAAUGAGAGACAAACACAUGAAAAAGCAAAAUGCUGGAAGUUGGAUUGGUUAA